UAUCAAAAAUGGCCACGUCAAGCUCUGUUAUACUUUCUUUACUUCUUACCCUUUUAGCCUCAUUUUCAUGCGUUACUUCACUUGAUGAUAAUUUUUUGCAGUGCUUUUCUUCUAAUUUACUGAAUUAUACCAAGCCAAUUUCAGAAGUUGUCCUCGCCAAAAAUACCUCCGCGUACUCAUCUGUCUUUCAAUCCUCUGUUCGAAACCUCAGAUUCUUGAACACUUCAACUGAGAAACCUGAAUUUAUUAUCACCCCAUUUCAUGAAUCUCACAUCCAAGCUGCCAUUGUUUGUGCCAAGACAUAUGAUAUGCAGAUAAGGAUACGAAGUGGAGGUCAUGAUUAUGAAGGCCUGUCUUAUGUUUCUGAAGAAAAAUUUGUGCUAAUUGAUCUUGCCCAUCUGAGAUCAAUCAGCGUUGACAUAGAAAAGGAGAAUGCAUGGGUUGAAUCUGGUGCAACUCUAGGAGAGUUGUAUUAUAAAAUUGCAGAGAAAAGCAACGUCUAUGGCUUCCCAGCUGGUAGUUGUCCUACUGUAGGCGUUGGGGGACAUAUUAGUGGAGGUGGAUUCGGGACCAUAUUUCGAAAGUACGGUUUAGCAGCUGAUACCGUUGUUGAUGCUAAGAUAGUUGAUGUUAAUGGAAACAUUCUGAACAGAAAAUCCAUGGGAGAAGAUCUUUUCUGGGCCAUCAGAGGAGGAGGAGGAGCGAGCUUCGGAGUCAUUUUUGCAUGGAAAGUGAGGUUAGUCCAAGUUCCUCCAAAAGUAACAGUUUUUAAAGUGGCAGAAACCUUGGAAGAAGGUGCAAACAUGCUUUUCCAGAAGUGGCAAAGGAUAGGACAUAAGCUUCCUGAAGACCUCUUCAUCCAUGCAGUUACAGGAGUUGUGAAUGCUAGCUCCAACAACAAUAAAAAAACCAUUCAAAUCUCAUUCGAUUCAUUGUACCUCGGAGAAGCGGAAAAACUUGUUCCUAUGAUGGAAGAAAAUUUCCCAGAACUGGAUUUAAAGCGCGAAAACUGCACUGAAAUGAGUUGGAUUCAAUCUGUCCUCUACUUCGCAGGAUUCUCAACAAGUGAAUCCCCAGAAGUUCUGCUUAACAGGACAGCUCAGCUCAAGAGCUUCUUCAAAGCAAAAUCAGAUUACGUGAAGAAACCAAUUUCAGAAACAGGAUUGCAAGGGCUGUACAAAAAGCUUCUUGAAGCAGAGACAUCAGAACUGAUAUUGACACCUUAUGGAGGAAAAAUGAGUGAGAUUAAGGAUUCAGAAACACCAUUCCCUCACAGAAGAGGAAAUAUAUACAAAAUCCAAUACAUGGUAACUUGGGAUGAGGAAGAGGAAACGAAGCAGCACCUGCGCUGGAUAAGAAGUCUGUACUCGUACAUGGCACCAUAUGUAUCGAAGUCACCCAGAGCUGCCUACUUCAACUAUAGGGAUCUUGAUCUUGGAAGGAACAAAAAUGGCAAUACCAGCUUUGCACAAGCCAGCGUUUGGGGAUUGAAGUAUUUCAAGAACAACUUUAAGAGAUUAGCAAAAGUAAAGACUGAAACAGAUCCUUCCAACUUCUUCAGGAAUGAACAAAGCAUUCCUGUGUUCUAUCUGUGACUGCGGAAGUUGUGCAUUAUAUGUUCUAUAUAUUCAUAAUUUAAACAUUUGAUUAUUCCUAAAA